AUGGAUGGAGAUGACGAGUUACGGAGGAUGGAGAUAGAAAGUAUUGAAGCAAUAUAUUCUGAUAUUGUAACUAUUGAAAAUGGUAAUCGUAUUAUAUUAAAUUUACUAGAUAUAUGUAUAAUACAAUUUGAUCUACCACAAAAUUAUCCUUCAACAUGUAUUCCUAAUAUAACAAUUUCCGGUCCUUUAUUAUCGCGAACUAUUAAAAAUCAAUUUAAUGAAAAAUUGCUUUCUAUAUGUAAUAGUAAUAAAGGGAAUCCUGUAAUUUAUGAAUGUAUAGAAGGUAUAAAAGAUAAUAUUUCAAUGAUAGAAAAUAUCAAAAGAAUGAUAGAAAGAAAUGAUCAAGAUGAAAAAGAACAUAAAGAGCAUAAAAUUGAUUUUUAUACUGAUAUACCAGAUAUAAUAUCUGGAAACAUAUUAACAGAUAGAAAAAGCGUUUUUCAAGGGCAUAUUGCAAAAGUCAAUAAUAUUGAAGAUAUAAACAAAGUAUUAUGGCAACUAAAACAAAAUAAAAAAAUAAAACAAGCAACUCAUAAUAUGUAUGCAUAUAGAUAUAAUUUUAUUAGAAAUGAUAAAAUUUAUAUUGCUCAUGAUUGUGAUGAUGAUGGUGAGACUGGAGCUGGUGCCAAGAUGGCUCAAGUAUUAGAUUUAAUGAAGUGUGAAAAUAUUUUGGUUGUAGUUUCAAGAUGGUACGGUGGUAUAAAAUUAGGUCCAGAUAGAUUUAGACAUAUUUGCAAUAUUACAAGAGAUAUGGUUAAUGAAUAUCUAAGUAAUAACAAAUAA